AUGGGCCCUACAUCUGCACCUUGGACAGCACCUCCAGAAAAGGCCAAAGACAAAGGGAAGAAAGGAAAGAAGGAGAAAGGCCCCAAGGCGACCAAGAAGCUGCUGGAGGGAUCCCCUAGGCCACCCAAGAAGCCCAAGGAGAAGCCACCCAAGGCCACCAAGAAGCCCAAGGAGAAGCCACCCAAGGCCACCAAGAAGCCCAAGGAGAAGCCACCCAAGGCCACCAAGAGGCCCAAGGAGAAGCCACCCAAGACCACCACAAGGCCCUUGGCUGGGAAGAGGCACCCUAACCCAACUCCCUCAGAAGCCUUGUGGUGGCCACUGCCCCCGCCCCUCAGCCCCAGCCCCGAGGAGCCACUGCAGGAGGAAGGUGGGGCCCUCCCAAGUCCCUGGCAGGGUCCAGCAGGAGAGACCCGUGUAGAGCACCAGCCUGAGCCGGAGGAAGAAACGGAGCAGCCCACCCUGGACUACAACGACCAGAUAGAGAGGGAAGACUACGAGGACUUUGAGUACAUCCGGCGCCAGAAGCAGCCCAGACCACCCCCCAGCAGGAGGAAGCCUGAGAGGCCCUGGCCUGAGCACCCUGAGGAGAAGGCCGAGCCCCCGGGACAGGGGGUUGAUGCCCCAGGGGAGAAGAAGGAGAGGACAGAGCCGCCUCUGAAGCCCCUGCUGCCCCUGCUGCCCCCCGACUAUGGGGAUGGUUAUGUGAUUCCAGACUACGACAACAUGGACUAUUACUUCCGGCCUCCCAGCCCCCGGAAGCCUGGCACUGAGCUGGAGACUGACGAAGAGAAGGAGCUGAAGAAACCCAAAAAGGAGGGCAGCAGCCCCAAGGAGGAGGAGACAGUUGACAAAUGGAAAUUGGAGAAAGGCAAGGACCAAAAAGGGCCCCGGAAGGGCGAGGAGGUAGAGGAAGAGUGGGCUCCAGCAGAGAAAAUCAAGUGCCCCCCCAUUGGGAUGGAGUCGCAUCGCAUCGAGGACAAUCAGAUUAGGGCCUCCUCCAUGCUGCGCCAUGGCCUGGGGGCCCAGCGAGGCCGGCUCAACAUGCAGGCUGGUGCCACUGAGGAUGACUACUAUGACGGGGCAUGGUGUGCUGAGGAUGAUGCUCAGAACCAGUGGAUAGAGGUGGACACCAGGAGGACCACCAGGUUCACAGGCGUCAUCACCCAGGGCCGUGACUCCAGUGUCCAUGACGACUUUGUGACUUCCUUCUUCGUGGGCUUCAGCAAUGACAGCCUGACAUGGGUGAUGUACACCAAUGGCUACGAGGAAAUGACCUUCCACGGGAAUGUGGACAAGGACACACCUGUGCUGAGCGAGCUCCCGGAGCCAGUGGUAGCCCGCUUCAUCCGCGUGUACCCCCUCACCUGGAAUGGCAGCCUGUGCAUGCGCCUGGAGGUGCUGGGUUGCCCUGUGUCCCCUGUCCACAGCUACUACGCACAGAAUGAGGUGGUCACCACUGACAACCUGGACUUCCGACACCACAGCUACAAGGACAUGCGCCAGCUGAUGAAGGUGGUAAAUGAGGAGUGCCCCACGAUCACCCGCACAUACAGCCUAGGAAAGAGUUCACGGGGGCUCAAGAUCUACGCCAUGGAGAUCUCCGACAACCCUGGGGAUCAUGAGCUGGGGGAGCCCGAGUUCCGCUAUACAGCUGGGAUCCAUGGCAAUGAGGUCCUAGGCCGUGAGCUGCUGCUGCUGCUCAUGCAAUACCUGUGCCGCGAGUACCGUGAUGGGAACCCCCGAGUUCGCAGCCUGGUGCACGACACCCGCAUCCACCUGGUGCCCUCACUGAACCCCGACGGCUAUGAGGUGGCAGCGCAGAUGGGCUCAGAGUUUGGGAACUGGGCGUUGGGGCUGUGGACCGAGGAGGGCUUCGACAUCUAUGAGGACUUCCCGGAUCUCAACUCUGUGCUUUGGGGAGCUGAGGAGAGGAAAUGGGUCCCUUACCGGGUCCCCAACAACAACCUGCCCAUCCCUGAACGCUACCUCUCUCCAGAUGCCACGGUGUCCACUGAGGUCCGGGCCAUCAUUGCUUGGAUGGAGAAGAACCCGUUUGUGCUGGGGGCGAACCUGAACGGAGGCGAACGGCUUGUGUCCUACCCCUACGACAUGGAACGCACACCCAGCCAGGAGCAGCUCAUGGCUGCAGCCCUGGCGGCUGCCCGCGGAGAGGACCAAGACGAGGCAUCUGAGGCCCAGGAGACUCCGGACCACGCCAUCUUCCGCUGGCUGGCCAUCUCCUUCGCCUCGACCCACCUUACCAUGACAGAGCCCUACCGGGGAGGGUGCCAAGCACAGGACCACACCGGGGGCAUGGGCAUCGUCAAUGGGGCUAAGUGGAACCCCAGAUCCGGGACCAUCAACGACUUCAGUUACCUGCACACCAACUGCCUGGAGCUCUCCAUCUACCUGGGCUGCGACAAGUUCCCUCACGAAAGCGAGCUGCCCCGAGAGUGGGAAAACAGCAAGGAGGCCCUGCUCACCUUCAUGGAGCAGGUUCACCGUGGCAUCAAGGGGGUUGUGACCGAUGAACAGGGCAUCCCUAUUGCCAAUGCCACCAUCUCCGUGAGUGGCAUUAACCACGGUGUGAAGACAGCCAGCGGUGGCGAUUACUGGCGCAUCCUGAACCCCGGGGAGUACCGUGUGACGGUCCAGGCGGAGGGCUACACGCCGAGCGCCAAGACCUGCAACGUGGACUAUGACAUCGGGGCCACCCAGUGCAACUUCAUCCUGGCGCGCUCCAACUGGAAACGCAUCCGGGAGAUCUUGGCCAUGAACGGGAACCGGCCCAUCCCUCGCAUCGACCCUUCGCGCCCCAUGACCCCCCAGCAGCGGCGCCUGCAGCAGCGGCGCCUGCAGUACCGGCUGCGCAUGCGUGAACAGAUGCGGCUCCGCCGCCUCAACGCCACCGCGGGCCCAGCCACCACCUCCGCGCUGCCCCCCACGCUUCCCCCCGCGUUGGUCCCCACCCUUUCCCUUGCCCCCUCUCCUGUCCCCAGCUCCACCCUGGGGCCCUGGCGCUUUCAACCUGAGACCACAGCUGACUGGGAGGAGUCUGAGACUGAGACCUACACGGAGGUGGUAACGGAGUUUGGGACUGAGCUGGGGCCUGAGUUUGGGCCGGAGGAGGAGGGGGAGGAGGGGGAGGAGCAGAUGGUCACGGGCCCCGAGCUCCCCUUCACCACAGUGGAGACCUACACAGUGAACUUUGGGGACUUCUGAGAACAGGUCUGAAAAUGCCAGAGCCCGCACCAGGGGUCACGUAGCCGCCAGCUCAGCAGCCAUCAGCACACUAAGGCCCCCCUGGUGUGGGCACACAUGUAACCAACACAGAAGAGCCAGGGUCUGCCAGGCUCCUGGACUGCCUGCCGGCCUGAGAGACGACAGACCGCUGCAGGCAGAGGUGGGGCAGGCUUCUCAAUCGCCAGCCCAGGCCACACUAAUAAACAAGCUCAUGGCA